AAGUGAUCGAUUGUCCCAGGAGUUUAGCCACUCAGUUCCAGCACCACAACCUGUAUCUGGCUCCUCGAUAUCUAUACUCGAGUCAAGGCUCGCAUUGCCAUUGGCAACAAUAACAACAAAUCUUGAACAACACACUUUUCGCCUUGAUAAGCAAGGCCUCGUUACCCUAGCCAAACACGUACACCCAUCCCGCCCAAGCAAAUACUCGCACGCUAGACACAAUGGUGUACAGUCUCAUGAUCUUUGCGCCCCGUAAGGCUGGCAUCACCCAUGCCGAAUUCAAAACCCGCUACGAGCAGCACAUGCUCAUGGUGGCUGAGCUGUGUGGCGAUGCGGCCCCCCUCUCGCACACGAGGUGGUACCCCCAGCACGCCGGAGUGGACGACAAGCCGGUCCUGCUGGCUGGAAAUGCCGAAGAUAUGUACUACGACACCAUCGCGACCAUGGUCUUCGAGGACGAGGCUGCCUGGGGCAGGUUUUGCGGUGCCUUAGGGACGGAGGAGGCUAAGGCCAAGAUCGAGGCAGACGAGGCAGGAUUUUGGGAUCGAAGCAGGAUGAAGGUCGUGGUCAUUGACGAUGUCAAGGAAUGGAAGAAGUAAGGCGACGCGCCGUGCCUUUGGAAAUCAUCCAGUGUGAGAGGGUUUGGGAAGAACGAUUCCGGUCUUUUGUAUCCUUCGCAUUUGGCCGGGUUAGGGCGAGGAGAGGGAGGAUGACCCCGUAACUUUGAGCAUAUUUCAUUCCUUAUUUGCCCCAUUGCACGUUGGAACUGCCACAUCGGCCCCUUGGUUCUUUUCCUAGUCAUCGGGCCGUUACAACAUUCUUUUCUUGGUCAUCAGCUCAACCGCUACUGGGCGCGUAAGCUUCUACGACGACCGCAGAUAUAUCCACAUCUUUGAUGCUCACUCGGCCAUUACUUAGUGAAGUCUCAUUUCAUCAAAAACGUAGCUAUUCGUUUUUGUUAAUAUAUUUCUUAUAGGCUGG